AUGGCAGGCAAGGACCGCCGCAAGGGCGGAAAGCACUCGGAUGAGGCGCUCAAGCUACAGGAAAAUAGCAUUGCGCGGUCGACACGCAUUCCCGUGUCGCUGCAGCAGUCGACCCCGGAAGAGACGCUCGGCAUGCGCCCGCCCAAGUCUCUGUCGAACAUUAAAGACAAGAAGCUGCGCUCGGAUCUUUCGAAGCAGUACCUGUCGCGCAAGCGUGCCGAGAAGCAUGCCGAGCUUGCCGACACGUACCUGCAUGGUGCCGUGCCUGGUGAAGACGCCGGUAUGAUUGAAGUCGACGACGAGAUGGAGCGAACUGCGCGCGUGACGCAGGCGCAGAUCCAGAGCGAAGUCGGCGUCGAGACGGCACGCAAGGGAUUCGAUCUGAAUCUCGGUGGGUCGCGUGGCGUGCCGAGUCUCGGUCCCUACCGCUGCGACUACACGCGCAAUGGCCGUCACCUGCUUCUCGGCGGCCGCAAAGGCCACCUUGCUGCGUUUGACUGGCAGAGUGGCAAGCUUUCGUGCGAGAUCCAAGUGCGCGAAACGGUGCGCGACGUGUGCUGGCUGCACGACCACUCCUUCUUUGCUGCUGCGCAAAAGAAAUACUGCUAUAUUUACGACCAGAGCGGCAUCGAGAUCCACCGCCUGAAGGACCAUAUCGAGGUGAACCGCCUCGAGUUUUUGCCCUACCACUUUCUCCUCGCGACGAUCGGCAAGCCCGGCUACCUCAAGUACCAGGACACGUCGACCGGCCAGCUCGUCGCUUCGCACCGCACCGGUCUUGGUUCGUGCGCGACGAUGGCACAAAACCCGCUUACGGCCGUGAUCCACCUGGGCCAUGCGAACGGUACCGUGACGCUCUGGACGCCGAAUCUGUCGACGCCCGCGGUCAAGAUGCUUGCGCACCGCGGCCCCGUGUCUGGCAUUGCGAUCAAUGCGCACGAAGGCGGCCGCGAGAUGGUGACCAGCGGCCUGGACGGCCACGUCAAGGUGUGGGACAUGCGCAUGCUCGGCAAAGGCCCCCGCCGCGAGUGGGUGACGCGGCGCCCUGCGAGCGACGUCGCCUAUUCGCAGCGUGGCCUGCUCGGCGUGGGCUGGGGCAGCCAUGUGAGUUUAUACAAUACCCAAGCGCCGCUCGGCAAUGCGCCACCCGGCCCCUACCUCUCCCACAACUUCCCCCAGCUGAUGCCGCUCCAAGUGCGCUUUUGUCCGUACGAGGAUGUGCUUGGCGUGGGCCAUGCGAAUGGCUUUUCGAGCCUGCUGGUGCCUGGCGCCGGUGAACCGACGUUUGACUCGAGCGAGGCGGACCCCUACGAGUCCAAGACGCGCCGUCGCGAGCGCGAGGUGCGCAGCCUGCUGGACAAGAUCCAGCCGGAGAUGAUCACGGUCGACCCCGACGUGGUGGGCCAGCUCGACACGAAGGCGUCGCGGGCCGACCAGCCGAUCGUGGCGGCGCGCGGCGGCGACCGUGUGCCGCGCGCAGCCGACGGCACGCCCUAUGCUCGCCUGACGCGCGCGCAGCGUCUGCAGCUCGACGAGGCGAUGGAGGACGAGGCGGACGACGACCUCGACGGCGCGUACGACCGUGCGGCCGCCCCCGCCAAAGGCGUCGCGAAAGAAAAGAACAAGGCGCGUGGCCGCAACAGUGCGAUGAAGCGCUACCUGCGCAAGAAACGCCAAAACGUUGUCGACGCCAACACCACCGCCCUGCGCGAGAAGCUGCAGCGCGAAAAAGAGCGUGCGCGCAACGCGCGCCACGGUGUGCAGCCCGUGGCCAAGAAGCCUUCGGCGCUCGACGUGUUUAGCCAUGUCAAAGGACCCAGGCGAUAG